AAAAACAAUUCCUUCUGUCGUGUAUCCCCGAUUAAUGCAGCCUCAGAUGCUUCAAUUGUCGAUUCUAGUAUUGAGCGAAAGGUUGCACCUAUCUAUGGGUUAUGUAUUGCAGGUCAACCCUGCUCCAAUUAGUACCAAUAGGCGGCAUAGGGGAAGAAGCACUACGCCUAGGAAUCAACAACACAAAAACUUUGUUAUAAAUUCUCCCCUUUUUAUCGAGAUCGGAACUAAGAAGAAUGGUUGGGCCAACAAACAUCCAUCUCGUUCGUAUUUUUGAUACCCGUAUAACCAUCGAAGACUGUUGAAGUGACGAAUUCCUGGAAAUUAAGGGGCGUGAGGGACAAAGAAAUUGUUGAAGUUACCGUUUUUUUUUUAUUUUUUUAUCUAGUAUCAACACGUUUGAUGUUAAGAAAAGAUCUUUUGCAGGAAGGUUGGCUAGAGAUUUCUUGUAAAAACACUAGCCCCGUUCAGUCAAUAAGGAGAAUAUUUCAAUCUUUUUUGAUUCCAUCUAUUAUUCUCAUUAUGCACAUAAGGGAGGAGCCGUAUGAGGUGAAAAUCUCACGUACGGUUCUGGAACGGAGAUUCUUUGAAUCGAACGACGACCGUAACGGAUGUCGGCUCAAUCCGAAGGAAAUUAUGCCGAAGCUUUACAGAAUUAUUAUGAAGCUAUGCGACUAGAAAUUGAUCCCUAUGAUCGAAGCUAUAUACUCUAUAACAUAGGCCUUAUCCACACAAGUAACGGAGAACAUACAAAAGCCUUGGAAUAUUAUUUUCGGGCACUAGAACGAAACCCGUUCUUACCACAAGCUUUUAAUAAUAUGGCUGUGAUCUGUCAUUACGUGCGACUAUCUCCACUAUAGAAAGAAAAGAAAAAAGGAAAGAGAAAAGAGUGAAUCCGCUAUAAAUACUAGAAAAAAUGACUAGAAAAAGGCUUUCUACAUAUGCAUCGUCCAAAAAACGAUUUUUAUCAGCUGUAGCAAAGAAAGGAACUUCAUAGAAGUCGAAGUAUGAAGAAAUAGAUAUGCCUAGAUACUUUAUUCUAUGGAUAAAGGAUCUAAUUGAUAGAGAAAGCACCGUAAAGAUCAAUUAGUGAGGUUUUGGGCCGAUACAAUAAGAACUGCUUACUUACUUAUAUUAUGAUAUAAGAUUAUGAUAUAAGAUAAAAGUUAGGAAUCAACUUAUGUAAUAAAGUUGAUCCCCUAAGGGAUUGAGCAGCGGUGUAGCAUCAGAUCCCAAAGAUAGUAAGUCUUUUUUUCUUUAUUAUGAAGAAAAGUCUUUUUCGAAAAUUCUAUAUUCAUUUCUCUAUGAAACCGAGAUAGUUAACUUUCAGAAAAUUCUAGCGAGAGUGGAAAUACUUAUGCUUUAUUCUUUUGAAAGUGGGAGAAAAGAUAAAACUAAAAAAAAAA